AUGAAACGAAACCACAGUUCCCACCACCACCAAAACCACCACAACCACCACACCAACCACCAUAAUCUACCUCAUAAAUGGCUCAUAAUCCCAACCCUAACAAUCUUCCUCUUCCUCCUCCUCAUCCUCCUCCCUCGCUCAAAACCCUCUUCCUCAUCUCCUUCUUCCGAAAAUCCAAAUUUCACAACCAAUUUCAAUCUUCCAAACCUCCCCAAAUUCGCAUACUUGCUAACCGGUACAAAAGGGGAAGUUUCACAGGUCAAGAGGCUUCUUCAAGCAACGUAUCAUCCAAGAAACUACUACCUUGUUCACCUUGAUCUAGAAGCUUCUGACGCUGAGAGGCUUGAGGUUGCUAAGUAUGUGAAAUCGGAGAGGAUUUUUGGUGUUUUUGGGAAUGUUAUGGUUGUUGGGAAAGGUGAUUUGGUUACUUACAAGGGUCCUUCUAUGAUUGCUUCUACUCUUCAUUCUGUUGCUUUGUUUCUUAAAAAGGUUCAUGAUUGGGAUUGGUUUGUUAAUCUUAGUGCCUCUGAUUACCCUCUCUUCUCACAGGAUGAUCUCUUGCAUAUAUUUUCAUUCAUGCCUAGGGACAUGAACUUCAUUGAGCAUACAAGUAACAUGGGUUGGAAAGAGUUUCAACGAGCCAGGCCUAUCAUUGUCGAUCCCGGCUUAUAUCAUUCAAGAGUGUCUAGUGUUUACUAUGCUAAAGAGAAAAGAUCUCUCCCAUCUUCGUUUAAGUUAUUCACAGGUUCUGAAUGGGUUGUCCUUACAAAACCGUUUCUCGAGUUCUGCGUAUGGGGUUGGGACAACCUUCCUCGCACUCUCUUAAUGUACUACACGAACUUCCUCUCGUCGAACGAAGGCUACUUCCACACCGUCAUUUGCAAUCACAAGGAUUAUCAAAACACAACAGUAAACCACGAUUUGCGUUACUUAAGAUGGGACAACCCGCCAAAACAACAUCCUUUGUCUCUGAAACUUGAGCAUUUCAAAGACAUGGCAAAUAGCGGCGCGCCUUUUGCUCGGAGGUUCGACAAGGACGACCCGGUUCUUGAUAAAAUCGACAAAGAACUGUUAGGAAGAUCGGAUGGUUACUUUCCUCGUGGUGGUUGGUGUGUCGGCGAUUCUCUCAAGGGAAGAAAUCCUUGUGAUGUUUAUGGAAAUCCGGAUGUUGUUAAACCUAGUUUAAGAUCAAAGAUUCUUGAGAAACUGAUGUUGAAACUUUUGGAUUCUGAAAAUUUCAGGCCAAAACAGUGUAGAUAA